GGUUAUACAUACAAUAAUAAAAAAAAUGGAGGAAGAAAUAAUCGAAAAACCAUCCAUUCGUAAUUUAUACAGACAAUCUUCAUCAGAAACAAGAUUAUCACCAGUUCAUUUAUCCCAAGAAGAAAGUUCAGAUUCUGACGAUGAUCAUAGUCAACCCAAAAUAGUCGAUUGCACCAUGAAAACAGAUAUCCAAGGGAUAUAUCAAGUGAAACAGAAAGACCAGUUCAAAAUGGACCUUGAAGAAAAACUUGGAAACAAAAUGCAUGAACCUGAGUUCCGAAUAAUUGUGAAAAGUAAAUCUUCUGAGACGGUGAACCCCAGCAAGAUAUUGAAAGAGGAUAUAGCAGAACCAGAUCGUGUUUCCAAAGAAGAACCCGAUAAUAAACUUGCGUUUAACCAAAUGAAGAAGACGGACCAGAUUAAAAGAGAACUGGAAAAAAAACUUGAAAAUAUGAACAAACCUAAAGUUAUAGCUGAAAUUUCUGUAAAUUCUAAGGCAGUAGGGAAAAUAACAGAACCAAAUCGUGUUUUGAAAGAAGAACUCGAUGAUAAACUGAAAAAGAAGCAUCUGAUCAAAAGAGAACUGGAAGAGAAACUUGGAAAUGUGAACAAAUCUGAAGUUAUUACUGAAAUUGCUGUUAAUAACAAGACAGUAACACCCAGCAAAUUAUUGAAGGAAAAUACUUGUGAAACAAUUCUUAUUUCGGAAGGAACAUUCGAUAAUAAACGCGAUAUUUCGGAACAGACCUAUAAACCUCAAGAAUAUACAGUUUCAGGAAAUAUAGGAUACAAAUAUAAUACCGUCGAAACUAUCUUGUUGGAUAAGGAAAUGGACUACACUUCAACUAUAAAAGAUGCGUCUGAACCAUCAGUUGGUCUUCUGAAGGCAUACCGAAUCGAAAAAGAAGAAGAAGAGCCGAGUUGUGAAAAAGAAGAAGAAGAAGACGACAGAGUAUUUGAGAGAACAUUUCAAAAUAAAAAUAAACAUCUCCAUCCCACAACUAGAGACGUUCAAAUGGCUACUUUACGACCUAAGUCUCCUGCUCCUAGGCCAGUUCCAGUAAAAGGAGAAAAAGAUGAGUCAAUCUGGGAUAAACUUGGCACUCUAGGACGUAAAAAAAGGAUCAAGGAAGUACAAGAGGUACAAGCUGAAGGAAAAUAUGCAAUUGACUCUCCAGGUUGUCCAACAGCUCCUGUCAUACCUCCUGAGGAAUAUAAUUUAGAUGAUAAUGAACAGAGAUGUAUGAUAGAUCCAAAAGCAUAUGAAGACCAGAGAUUCCUUGAACUAAUAAAUGUAUUGAAGGAAUGGGUUAAUGACGAAUUAGCUUCACAGAGAAUAAUUGUUCAAGAUUUGUCUGAGGAUCUGUAUGAUGGACAAGUGCUGCAAAAAUUACUUGAAAAAUUGACAGGUGACAAACUGGAUGUUCCAGAGGUCACCCAGUCUGAAGAAGGGCAAAAGCAAAAGUUGGCAGUGGUUCUAAAUCACUUCAAUCAGGUGCUGGGUGUUCAACGUAUAUCACCCAAUAAGUGGAAUGUGGAAGCCAUCCACUCCAAAAAUAUUGUUCCCAUUACCCACCUUCUGGUUGCUCUCGCCAGGCACUUCAGACCACCAGUGAGACUACCAGAACAUGUUGCAGUGUAUGUUGUCAUUGUGCAGAAAGUGAAAGGACAGCUAGUCCACAAGAGAGUCAGGGAAAGUUUAACGAAAGCUUAUGAUGAUGUUGGGAUGAGGUGUGAAAGAGAUGCUUUCGAUACCCUCAUUGAUCAUGCUCCAGAAAAGUUGCUGGUCGUUAAAAAGUCACUUGUAACAUUUGUCAACAAACACCUCAACAAGAUAAACUUCGAGAUUACUGAAAUUGAAAGUCAGUUCCAUGAUGGGGUGUAUCUGAUAAUGUUGAUGGGCCUGCUGGAAGGGUUCUUUGUUCCACAUUAUGUGUUCCAUUUGACUCCUCAUGAGUUUGAUCAAAAAGUACAGAAUGUUAAUUUUGCAUUUGAACUGAUGGAAGAAGUUGGGUUGCAGAGACCUAAAGCUAGGCCUGAAGAUGUUGUGAAUAUGGACUUGAAAUCAACACUACGGGUCCUGUACAGCCUUUUUUUACGUUACAAAACGAUUCAAUGAAUAGUCAUGGAAUAGUAUCUGAAACUGCCUUAAUUUUUGUAAGUACUAAAAUUCUAACUAUUUAUAAUAUUGUAACUAAAAAUGUUAUCAUGGUUAAUUGUAUAUUUUGUAUAAUGUUAUAGGGUCUCCCUGUAAAUAAAUAAAUAAUAAAUUAAUUUGAA